AUGGAUUUGCACAAAAACAAUGUCGUUGCGAUUGCUCCGGUGUUGAUCAUGGUCGUAGCGGUGGUCGUUCCAUCGUUCGGUUGCUCAUCGUCUUCCGGACUGCAAUACUCAGUGGGAGACUCGCUAUGGACCAUCCCGCCAUUCCCAGAGUACUUCUCCAACUGGUCUUCUUCCCAUUUCUUCAAGAUCGGCGACUCUCUCGUUUUCGACUUCGAAACAGGCCGUUAUGAUGUGAUACAAGUGUCGAGCCAAGAUUACGAGAGCUGCAACUCUCUGAACCCCUCGAAGAUCUUCUAUGGCGGUCCCACCAUUAUUCAGCUACAUGAGCGAGGCGUCUUCUACUUCAUCUGUAAUUUCUCCAACUACUGCGAUCUCGGCCAAAAGAUUGCCAUCACGGUCCACGAUUGUCGCGAAGUCUAUCCGCCGUCACCGUCGCCGUCGCCUUCUCCAGCCUCAACAAUUACGCCUCCAUCUUUGCCCCCAUAUAAAGAUGGAUCUGAAGAACCUCCUGUGCCGGUUCCAAGUCUUGCUCCUUCAAACGUCCGCGAUUCGUCGGAGAAUCACCCUCCGGCUAAGAAGUCUACGGCGGCGAGGCUAUCCAGAGCCAAAGGUGAAGAGUAUCCUGUGGGGGAACCAAUACAUUUUAAGGAAAAAAACAAGUAA